CGGCGGGCGCUCGCUGCGGAGGCGAGUGGGGGUGCGCCGAGCCCAGGGGUGUCCAGCCCCCCCAGCCGAGCGCAGACCCGCCCGGGAACUCGAGGAAACGGACGCGAACUAAAACUGAAAUCUUAGCUGACAGAGAAGGAACCACGUGGCCGGGAUCUAUCCAUUGCUGACCCCCGAGUGGCACAGAAGUCAGAAUUCCUCGGAGAAAUUGGGAGGGGGCAGAAACUCUGAAAAGUACACCAAGUCUAAAGUGAUCACGGUCCCCUCCUGGUAGAACUGGAAUCAUGAACAACAGUGGGAUGGGUCUCGCCACUGGUUUCAUCUCCUCUUCUAUAGCUGUGAUUUUGUUUGGUUCAAAUUUUGUACCACUAAAAAAAUAUGAUACUGGUGAUGGAAUGUUUCUCCAGUGGGUGCUGUGUGCUGCCAUAUGGCUCGUUGCCUGUGUGGUCAAUCUGAUACUACAUUGUCCUAAGUUUUGGCCUUUUGCAAUGGUUGGGGGCUGUAUUUGGGCAACAGGAAACAUUGCUGUUGUCCCAAUCAUUAAAACCAUUGGUUUAGGCCUUGGAAUCUUAAUCUGGGGAUCAUUCAACACCUUAACUGGCUGGGCAAGUUCAAGGUUUGGCUGGUUUGGAAUGGAUGCAGAAGAAGUAGCAAACCCCGUGCUUAAUUACAUUGGAGCUGCACUAUCAGUCGUAAGUGCCUUUGUAUUUUUGUUCAUCAAAAGUGAAAUAUCAGAUAACACAUCUUCCACAGAUACCACGCCAUUAAUAACAGAGCCUGCUAUUAAUGCAAAUCAAGAUGCAUGUACAUGCCCUCCGUACUCCUGGGUGGAUAAACUUUCUCAGACACAACACCGCAUUGUGGGCUGCAGUCUUGCAGUGAUAUCUGGAAUUCUCUAUGGAUGUACGUUUGUGCCAGUCAUUUAUAUCAAGGAUCACAGCAAAAGAAACGAUAGUAUAUAUGCAGGGGCAAGCCAGAACGAUGUAGAUUAUGUUUUUGCACACUUCAGUGGCAUCUUUCUUACAAGUACAAUCUACUUUCUGGUCUACUGUAUAGCCAUGAAAAAUCAGCCUAGACUAUAUCCUGAAGCAGUUUUGCCAGGGUUCCUCUCUGGGCUCCUUUGGGGGAUCGCGACCUGCUGUUGCUUCAUAGCCAACCACUCUCUCAGCGCUGUGGUCAGUUUCCCCAUCAUCACUGCUGGCCCAGGAUUUAUAGCUGCAUUGUGGGGUGUCUUCAUGUUCAAGGAAAUAAAGGGUCUUCAGAACUACCUGUUGAUGUCAUUUGCAUUUUGCAUCAUCUUGGCUGGAAUAUUGUGCACUUCGUUUUCUAAACUCUGACAAUCGUAAUACCAGCAGAUGGCAGCAGUAGCUAAGAGAUUGCUUCUUCGGAUGCCAGAGAGAAUGCUGAGAACAGUUCAUUUUCUCCCAGCAAAGAGAUUUCAGCCUACCCUAAUCUGGGUAAAUGCCUUUCACCUGAAAGAUCUGAAAAUGAGCAAGAACUGGGUUUCAGUAUGGUAUGAAAAAUGAAAAAUUUUUCUAAUGAACAAUUCAUGAAGGUACAACUUCACUCGUUGACUAAAAUGCUUUUUAUAUCAUUGAUCUGAGGGUGCUCCUUUUACUGUGAUAAGCACUGAAGGCUACGUGAUCAAGAACACAGUCUGCUGUUUAUAUAUAAAGAGUUGAUAGUUCAGCCAGUACUCUUAUUAAGCAAGGUGUAGAAAAGUGUGGGGAGAGGAGAAAGGAGAGAGAAGAUUUACAUUAUAAUGAAAUUAUAUCUCAAAUAUGCUGGAUCCUUUGCUAGGAAAUAAAAAGCAAACAUCAGGUUUAGUAACUAAAAAGCCAAUUGAUUAUUUUUCACCCCAUUUUUUUCUUUUUUUUUUCUUUUUUUUUUUUUUGUGGGUAUGACCACAUCCAUGGUGCUCAGGACUUCCUGGCUCUGUGCUUAGGAAUCCCCCCUAGUGAGGAUCAGAGAACAAGUGAUACUAGGGAUUGAACCUGGGUCAUUUAGACAAGGCAACCACUUUACCUGCUGUGCUAUCUCUCCUUCCCCAUGACAUAUGUUUAUGUUUCCAGUUAUCUCCUGACCCUAUGUCAUACUUCCUCAUUGAAAAUGUUUUUCAGGGACCAGAGUGAUAGUAUAGCAGGUAAGGUACUUGCCUUGCACACAGCAAACCCCAAGUUCUAUCCCCAGCAUCCCAUAUGUCCCUAGGCUAUCAGGAGUGAUUCCUGAGUGCAGAGCCAGGAGUAACCCCUGAGCACCACUGGGAGUGGCCCCAAAGCAAAAAGAAAAGUGCUUUUGAUUGCCUCUAGAUAAAAAUUCAUCCUCAGAGAACAAAAUUUCCCAGAUUAAUAAUAUAUACAUGCACAUUCAGAUUUAUAAAAUUAUUUGAAAAUCGGGGUUGGGGAAGGAUUUUCAGAGACUGAACUGAGGUUCUCGCUUAUCACAGUGAGAAUACAAACAGAACAACACUCCUUCGGAUAUAUAAUUUACUACUGUAUUUUUUCUGAAGUAUUUCAGAAAAAUAAAGAUAGGAGUUUUUUUUCCUGAUUUAACUGGUACUUUGCACUGUCAUAAGAAAAUGGCAUUCAACACUGGUUUUGUUUCUUUAAGAAAAAUGAAAUGGGGCAUUUAGUACAAAGAGUAUUACAGUGAUUCCCCAAACUCUCAAAAUAAUAAAAUACCUAGUUAACUGUAAAUUUCCUCUAUUCCUAACUGAAGGUAUAUCAGUUUGUUAUUCAGGAGAUACAAAAGAAGAGAAUUCUACUUAUGUUGUAUACUCUGGAGCUUAAUUUUGUAGUAGGUUUAAAUCUCAUCUCUACUGUGUAACUUUGGGUAAAUUCCUGAGCCCUAUAUAUCAAGUUUCUCACUUGUAAACUGGGGAUAAUUAUAUUGUUAAUCUAAUAUGCUUAUUGUGAAAUUCAAAUGAGUUCUGAUUUGUCAAACAUGUUCAUGAGUUUAGUGUUUGGCAAGCAUUACAUAAAUUUUAACUAUUAUUAGAAGAUGUUUGAAGAAGAAAACAGGUAUCUGUUGAUUACAUUAUACCUUGUAGUAACUACCUCUUUUACCAGUAUAAUUAUUCCUCUAUAGGACUACAAUUUAAAAUUGAUACUAGAGUCCCUGUUUAUUGUUGAAUUGCAAUGUAAAUAAGUAUUUAAUUAUAAUGUCUUACAAAACUCACUUCAAUUCUAACCUGAAAUUGUAUUAAUUAUUCUGAUAUGCUUUGGCAUUAUUUAUGUUACAUCAUUUGAAUAAAUUGACAUGACAUAAGUGAUUUUUUUUCAUUUAAAUAUGUUUUAAUUUUGAUAUUGGAUAGCACAGGGUUAUUCACUGAGGUUUAUAUGCAAAAUUUUUAAUAAAAGGGAAAACAGCUGCAGAAGAAAAGUGAGAAAAAUAAACCUCUUACUGGGGCCAGAAAUAUCAUACAUAUUAUAAGAUAUUUACUUUGAGUGCAGCUGCACCUCAUUCCAUCCGUGAAACCACAUGUUGUCCCCUCACUUCCCAAGAACACUAAGGGUUACUCCCAAGCACAGACCAGGGAACUGCUGCUAUGACCCCCCAAAAGAAGGGAAGAUAAAUAUAUUAUUACCAUUAUGAAGUUAUUGUUGUUAGACACAUCAAUAAUGUAAGAAUUUUAAAGGAAAAACUUCUUCAAAAUAGUUAUCAAGCAAUUUUGAAGAGCAAACAACUCUGGGUAAUAGUCAAAUCUCUACUUCCUUCACUCAUGUUUGGAGGUUAAAGCCUGUCUUGAGAUUUGAAGUUUCAUUUUGCUUUGUCUAGCAUAGCCAACUUCCUGUGUUCACUUUGACUUUUCCUGGCAUGGCUUUCCUUUCUCACUCUAUCCUGAUGUCUUUUCUCUCCUAUGAAGGCCCCACCUUUGAGUAUAGAUACAGUUGAACAUGAAGAAGACAAGUGUCAGCCCAUAGCAGCUGGUACUCAGAUUAUGGGAAUUUUUGACUAUGUGAACAAAAAGUCCUGCUUAGUGGUUUUUUGGGAGUUUUUUUGCCAUUUUUUUUUGCGGGGGCGGGGGGGUGCACACCUGGCUAUGCACAGGGUUUACUCCUGGCUCACGCACUCAGGAAUUACUCUUGGCGGUGCCCAGGGACCAAUAUGAGAUGCUGUGAAUUGAACCCGGGUUGGCAGAGUGCAAGGCAAACACCCUACCCGCUGUGCUCUCACUCCAGCGCCCCCUGCUUAGUUUUAAAGAAUGAAAUGCCCAGUAUUUUCCAAAUACAAAGCGACCAAAUCUCCUUUUACUCUUGCUUCAUUUUCUGUUGUGGUGGUGGUGGUUGUGUAAAUCUGCAGCCCACCAUCCGGAGAGGCAGGUGACCUGCAAAAGAGGCUCCAGCGAGGUCCCAUGGCAACUGGACUUGAGAAAAAUAGCAGUAUUACUCUUAUGGGCCAAGCUGUCAAUGAAUCAAAGAACAGAUAUUCACAAGUAGUUCCCCAGCCCAGAAGCUUCAGAUGCUAUCAGAUGGAAUAUCUUCGGUGUUUACGUAAAGUUAUCACAUGGGCAAGAGGUAGGUAAAGAUAGGAAAAGAAAGGCUAAAGCCGAUACAAUACAGCCAACACAAGCACACCACAGGAUCAGAACUUGGCAAAGGAAUGGAGUGUUUCCAACCCAGCCGUGGGCUCCUGGGGCAUCUGAACGGAGAUGAAUACAUGGUCUGCUGCCCCUUUUAUCUGUACCUGGAACUACUAACAACCAGACAUGUAGAUGUCAAAUUGAUGGAGUUGUAAAGCACGCAGUGGGAAAGGCAUAUUGUAGACCCACAUGCAGCGCCAGUUAGGCACACUAAAAAAGAUCAAAGCAGUGCUAUUUUUCUAUAAAUUUGUAUCAUUGCAGAAUGUCAGAAAAUACAUGUAUGCCCCUCCAGGUGUGAUCCCUGAGCUCAGGGCCAGGAGCAACCCCUGAGAGCCAUCAAGAAACAAAAAAUAGGAACAAGCAAUAAAGUGUGUCAAAGAAUCAAUAAUGAAACUAAAAUCUCAGAAGUGUGUGUUUAAAUGUUAAAGUGAUUAAAUCAGUAAAGAGAAUAUGGAUGAAUAAAAAAAAAUCUCUUCAACAAGUAUACGUACAUAAAGUUUGAAAAGAAAAAGGUAGAGAUGGAAAAUUUUCCAUCUCAAGAGUUACAUCCAGGGGCCAGAGCAGUAUUACAACGGGUAGAGCGUUUGCCUUGCACGUGACCAACCUUGGUUCAAACCCCACCAUCUCAUAUGGUUCCUAAAGCACUGCCAGGAGUAAUUAAUUCCUGAAUGCAGAGCCAAGACUAACCCCUGAGCAUCACCAGGUGUGACCCAAAAAGAAAAAGAAAAAAAUUAAAAUUAAAAAAAAAUUACACCAACCUCCUGGGCCAGGCACAAACUAAAUUGGUAGAGUAACCUGGCAGCAUGCGCUAGGCCAAGUUCCCCCCUGACUCCCACGUGGCCCCCUCGCUCUACUAAGUACAAUUCUGGCAGCCCCUGAGCACCACCAGGCCCAAGCACUGCAUUGCAUGCUCAGAACCAAACCAUCAGGUCUAGUAUCGUUCAUCUGAGCAUCCUUAGGUCCACCAGAAGCCCUAGGUGUGACCUACAAAAUAGAGUCCACCACAAAGGGGAGAAGCAGAACUCACUUUCAGCCUCUCUGCAGCAGUCGGGUCUAAAUAUUGACCCUCCGAGCUGGAUUCUGUGGUCCCUAAAGAUCCCUGAAACUCCCUAACAAAGUUGUUGCAGAAACUGGGUUUAAAAAAUAUCCCAAAUAUCUUGUGCCCCAACCUUGCUGGUUAUGUGUCUGCAUUCUGCCAGUUUAGACCACCCUUGCUUCUCCUAAGAUGUUAAUGAAAUGAAGUCAUAACAAUAUGGACCCUCUUGCGUUUGAUUUCUUUUAUUCUAAAACUAUCGUAAUUCCUCAUACUGAUAUUAAGCAAUCAUAUUUUCCCUAGAAUUAAGCAUAACAACUAAAGAGAAACUGAUUAGCAUUUGGAGUUGUUAUACUUAAGUGUGUCAUGCUUCAGAAUUCAGUUGCUUUUAGGAGCCUGGGAUGGCUUGCCUUGCACGUGUGAGGCCCUGGGUUUGCUCUUCAGCAGUGCCCCUCAAAAUCCAGAAGUUCAUUACUUUAAAUCAAUAUCAUACUUAAGAAUUCUUUGAGUCUACCAUGAGGACUAUUAAGCAGGCACGAACUUGGUGGCAUGGGAAGGAGAAAAAAAAGUUUAUGUAUUUGGAACAGCGGGGCUUCAUAUAUUCAUUCUCAGCAAUGGAAAACUAAUUAUCAAAUGCUUCCUUGGCAAUAGGGCUGUCUUUUUUGGGGGGAAACUCCAACAACAAUAGUGAGUUUUGUGUUGAAAUAUGGAAUGUAAUCAAGGUAAAGAGAAAAUGAAGUGAAAUU